AUGGAUGGUCAACAUGAGCCAUCAGAUCCCCCCACCAACGGGCUGACUGACCACGGAGCGAUUCUCCUUACCGGCGGCACCACUGGAAUCGGGCUGGGCACAGCCCAGGAGCUCGUGCUACUCGGUUUUCGCAAGUUCAUCUUAGGGUAUGCUACACAUGACGAACACGCCAAUGUGGCCAAAAGUAACCUGGAACAGAACAAAGGGGUUAAGGUGGUUCUGGUCAAAGUUCACUUGAAAAUUAGCAGAUAUUUUUUGCUUUUCUCCGGCGAUGUUUCCGAAAAGAGAACGGUGGAGGAGAUUUUCAAGGUCGUCCACGAGGACUUCGGUGGCUCCUUGUACGCUAUUCUCCACACAGCUGGCGUUAUGCCACCCAUAAAUGAUGAAGAACCAGAGAAAACGUUUGACGCCUUCACAGAACUGUACCCGAAGGCCUUUUGGCGGCUGGUGGAGCGAGGAGUGCCUUAUAUGGAGAAGUCACCACACGGGGGUCGGAUCGUAGUACUUUCCAACCCUGGGGUCAACCUAAUGUCCUCACCUAGACCCGGAUACCUAAUGGCUGGUUGCGGAAAGGCGGCGCUUGAGUACGUGACCCGGCACUACGCACUCGUAUUGGCCCCCAAACGUAUCACGUGCAAUGUGGUGAUCCCGGGUAUUACAAAGACUAAGGGGUGGAAGGAGAUAGACCCCACGGAACUUGCCGAAAGACGGUGUCCCAUGAAGGAAGUCAUCCAACCGGAGGAUGUCGGAGCAGCACUGGCAUUUCUCGUCUCCCCAAAAGCGCGUUUUAUCACCGGUGCGUUUCUACCAGUGGAUGGGGGACUUAUCAUUGGUUACGAGUUGCGGAGUGGGGUACCUCUUAUCGAGCUACGCGGUUCCGAGAGUUACGGAGAAAAACAGUCCCAAAGUGUGUCGAAUUGA